AUGACGGUUCACCUUCUCCUUUUGAAAAUUGCAAACUUUCUGAUGAUGAAAAUAGUCGUCACUGGCCGUCGCCGGGGAAACAAGGAUCGAGGCUGUGAACCUAUCCGAUCCAAACUGAAGAGGGAUAGAUUCAGGGACCUUCCUGGUCUUCUUGAUUCUGAUUCUAACGAGAUCAAGACUCCAGGAGUUCCAGUAUAUCUCCACAAAUGUACCACAAAAGUUCCCAAUGGUCACCACCAGAUCAAUGCUUUUGAGAGUCAGGGGAAUUCCAAAAACAAGAAUCUAAACAUCAUCAUAAUUCUGAACCAGACUAUUCUCCGACCAUGGGAAGAUCUUGACAGUGAAAUCUCUUAA